CUGUGCAAGAUUGCAUACAAAUGACAAGGAAUGCCUAAUCUCUGGGGGCUCUCGGUGAUGUAAGGUCACGUGCCGGCCAAUGUAAACAAAAACUUCGCAUCUCCCCGCGCAUCACGACCAGUGCCAUCGACCAAGCCAAGAAAUAACAACCCUCAAGAUCAUUCAAAGUACCAAACAAUCAUCCCAAAGACCACGAACCAAUCACAAAUCUCACAAUCUCAACUCCGAGAAUGGUCUUCCCCGCGCGAGAUGCCUCCGCAUCUCCAGAUCCACAUGAGCAACACCUAGACACAGACAUCCAAUCCAUCCGCGCAGAGAUCCGCACCCUCCAACGCCGCAAACGCUUCCUUACAUCGAGCCUCCUCUCCUCCGACUCAAUCCAAAAAUUCAUCCGCAAACCGCCGCCAACCCUCCUCCUCUCCUCAACCAGCAUCGCCGACGAAGUUUCCCCACUCGUCCGCGCAGCAGGUAAACACUCGGACUCAAACCACCACCGUAUCGCAUUCGGCACGACCGCGUUUCCGUUUAAAGAUCCCGGGUCGGUAGGGAGUUCAAGUUUACUCGGUGUGCGGAUUGACGUGUGCGUGCGCGGGGGCCGCUUCGCGAAGCCUUAUUAUGUGCUUUUGAAGAGUGAGCGGGUUAAAGGCGAGAAGGAGAGGAGAUUGAGGGUUUAUCGGCAUACUGUUCCGGCGUUUAUUGAUAUUGCCAGGGUGGAGGGUGUUUAUUUGUCGUUUCCCGGGUCGGGAAAAAGUCAGAGCCAGGAGGGUGAUUCCGAUGACGAGGCAGAGAAUAGCGAGGCGCUGAAAGGCGCGAGGAAGAGUGGCAGGAGACAAGAUCUACGCGGGUUCGUCCGUGAAUUACGCCGUGAACUUGUGGCGUGGCAUUUACGUUCUGAUGCUAUUGAGCUCCUGCGUGAGAAACUGGGAUUGAGUGAGGAGGAGGCCCAGAUUGAUCCCGCGGAGAGAUUGUCGCCUGAAGCUCGAGGGGGGAUUGUGGCGUUGGCGGCUACUGCUGUGGAGGCACGGUAUGUGCGGUUGGAAUGGGAGGAUGGCCGGGUUGGACGGUUCAAGUUGUCUAAUGGUGGGAUUGUGGAAAGGGCGGUUGUUAUUGGUGAUGAUGGGCGGGAUAAGCAGAUGGAGGAUGCGAUGACUGGUGGAGGAGGGAGGGUGGAGACACUUCUUGAGCGAUUGAGAGAGCGUGGUGCUGUUGCUGCUUAGGGAAGGCGUGAUACUGGGGUUUUGAGUAUUGUUUGCAGGGAUGGCUUGAGUGAUAUAUGUGAUACGCCCUCUUAACGAAUUCAAUGAAAUGGCAAGCU